AUGGGCAAUGAGUCCUCAAUAAAUGUGUUUUUUCUUUCAGGGUUAAAUGAAACAAUGAACCACAGAAUCACUCUUUUCUCUGUGACUUUAAUAUGUUACUGUUUGAUUUUUCUGUUAAAUGUUUCUCUUGUUGUCAUCAUUAUUUCAGAUAAGAAUCUCCAUGAACCCAUGUAUAUUCUGCUGUGUGCCUUUUGUUUGAAUACACUCCCUGGGACAACAGGUUUUUACCCCAAAUUUCUCUGGGAUCUGCUGUCUCCUGUCCAUUUGAUCUCUUAUUCCGGCUGUCUGAUUCAGGCUCUGCUGGUGUACUCAUAUGCUUUGAGUGAUCUUUCUAUUCUUGCACUUAUGGCAUAUGACAGAUACCUGGCUAUAUGUCGCCCCCUGCAGUACCACUCCAUCAUGACAAAGAAAAGACUCUUACAGGUCGUGGUUUUCUCAUGGCUAACACCUUUUUGUGUAAUGGGCAUUAAUAUUUUCCUCACAUCUAGACUCAAAUUAUGCAGCUCAAAUAUUUCCAGGAUUGUUUGUAUAAACUGGAUUAUUGUUCAACUUGCUUGUUCUUCAUCUGACACAAUGAUUAACAACAUUGUUGCUUAUAUUACAAUAAUCAUUUAUGUUUUUCAUGGUUUGUUCAUAAUUUGGUCAUACAUGUAUUUAAUCAAAACAUGCAUAAGUUCUCUAGAAAACAGGAGAAAGUUUAUGCAAACCUGUGUGCCACAUUUAACCUCCUUACUCACUUUUCUUGUGACAAUACUGUUUGAUUUAAUGUAUAUGAGGUUUGGUUCAAAAAAUUUGCCUCAAACCUUUCAGAAUUUUGUUGCAGUAGAAUUUCUUUUUAUUUCUCCAAUUAUGAAUCCUCUGAUUUAUGGUUUCAAAUCUGUUAGUAUUCGCAAGAGAAUUCAAGUUUUAGCUGGAUUUAAAUAG